UUAAAGUGAUUCUAAAGGUUUAUUUUUUAUUAAGAAAAAAUAACACAAGCAUGUCUAUACUUACCUGCUGUGUGCAUUGGUUUUGCACAGAGCAGCCUGGAUCCUUCUUUUCUCUGGUCCCCCCCCCCCGCAGGCAGGCUCUCCUGUCCCCUCCCUUCUGUCAGGUGCCCCCACAGCAAGCAGCUUGCUAUGGAGGCACCCGCUGCUCCUUGUGUCCAUUCACACAUAGAGCAGUGGCUCGGCCAUGCCCCCUCUCUCUUCUCAUUGGCUCACUGGCUGUGACUGACAGCAGUAGGAGCCAAUGGCUCCUGCUUCUGUUUCAACCAAUGAGAAGAGGGAGUCCCGGGAUAGCCGAGACUCCAGUGCACAUCGCUGGAUCGAGAGGGGCCUUAGAAUGCACGAAGGUAAAAAACCUUGAGCCUUUAGGACCACUUUAA